AUGUUUCCAUUGCGAGUGUUCCAGGGAGGACAGCAUUCGGCAUGUAAUGGAAAGCUUAGAACCACAUUGGAGAUGGAGAACCCACGGCUGACAAGUGAGCACAAUCACCCUGCAGACCCAACAGCAGUAGAAGCAGUGAAGUUCCGCACCAAACUCAAGGAACAAGCUUUAACUUCCAAUGAUAAAGAUGAUCAACCCGCCAUAGAGGAUGACAGGAAGAAAAUGAGUGCCCUAGAGGAGGCUGCAGUCCAUUCAUCACGUUUUAUUCUGUGCGCACAGAAAAAGUUAGCUGAACCAGCACCAGGAGUGAGGCAACCAUGUAAUAGUCAGGGAUUAGACGGAGAGAAUCCUCAAGUGACUUCAUCACGUUUUAUUCUGUGUGCUCGUAAAAGAGAAGACGGACCAGCGCCUGGUGUGAGGCAACCAGGUAAUCGUCAGGGAUUCAGUUUUAUUUCUACUUCCCAUAAACAGUUUGCCAAACCAUUAGCUGAAGCGAUGGAACUAGAUAUUACUGCAGAAAGUGGAAUAGGAAGUGAGAAGAUAGACAUAACCCAGAAGUUCGGUGGACUGGCAGGUGGAGUGAUGACACUACAAGCAAUCCCAAGAAGAGACAUAAGGAAAGGUUGUAUUUCAACUGACCAGAAUAGAAAUUUCACAGUUACAACUGUAUCAAGUUCUACUCAACCUACAUCAAUGCUUGUAUCUUCUGCCACCAAAGAAGCUGCAAAAUCAGUAAUUGAAGUGAUGGAAACACAAACUUCAAGAGAUGACUUAAGAAAUGAGAAGGUAGACAUGAUGCCAUCAAUCUAUAUUCUUAAUGCCCAGAAAAAGCCUGCUGAAACGAUAGACCUGUCAGAGACCUCAUCCAGAACUGACGAAGAGGAAGAUGAGAUUCACCUGUCUGUGGGUCACAAAGGAAGAAGGAGAGAAAGAAGUACACCUUGUGAACACAAAACAAAUAUGGCCUCUGCAGGAAGAGCGAGAGUUGGUCCUCCUAAGUAUGACCCCCUCAUGUCAUAUGAUGAUGAAGAUCACGAAGUGAAGAUGGACACAGGGAUGAAAUCUAACAGAGGAAACAUCAAGUAUUGA